GCCUCGUGUUUUUAGCUAUGACCUCGCGUUGCGGCGAAACUCUAAAAUCUUAAGUAGACUAAUAUAUGUAUGAUACAUAAAUGCUUAUCGCACUUUAUGAUGUACUGCAAAGCGGGACGCUUCCACGACACCACAACACAAGCAGCAAUCCUCUCCACACACGAUCCAAAAGAACAAAAACGUCUCGCGAGCCAAACCAAAGGAUUCGACGCCACGAACUGGGACAAUAUCAAGAGCGCCGUCGUAGUCGCCGGUAACACGGCGAAAUUCGGACAAAACCCACGCCCAAAAACCCUGUUACUAGAUACCGGUGAUCGCCUGCUAGCCGAAGCUGCGUCAAAGGACCGCGUCUGGGGAAUAGGCUUCACAGCCCGCGGAAUUGGGGUGAGAAUCGGCUCGGCAAGGCGCUGAUGGAGGUGCGGCAGCGCUUGCGGGAAGAAGAUAGUGCAGAAGGCUCUACGAAUAAUACCUAACCGGCACAACUCCAGGGCGGCCAAUUCGAGGCCGUCUAUGACCAUAUACCGUAAGAGGUUAUUGCUAGCGAGCCUGACGCCCUUCCUCGCGGAUACGUCCCCUAGAAAGGGGGUUUUCGGUAUGUGAAAUGCCGUGUGGAAUCCUAUGGUCUUAAUUAGGCAAUCUCACACCCUCGCCGGUUUGGUUGGGAGGAUCCUCAUCUCGAUUCGAUGCUUAUGUAACCCCACAAACAAGGUCUUCGACGGAGGAAAUAGAAUUCGAUCAAGUUUCUUGUUACGAGCCAGUGACGGCACAACGGCCGUGCUUCCGCGCGCCACUACUGCUGUAAGUAGAAUAGGCACCAGAGAUAGGAAAAAGCGAUAACUCCGAAACCUCGCUCUCGCUUUUAAGGCCUGAAACAGGAACAUAAUUCGAACAC